CAUUGUGGGCGACGCGGACGAUGCAAAGAGUUUUUAUUUUUCUUUUGUUUCGAAUUUUUGUCUAUUUAAACCUCGUUUGUCAUUCUAUUUUUCAUACGAACAUUUCUCUCAUCUCUCACAUUCCAUACGAAUAUUUCGAUAAUCUCUCACCAACAAAAAUGAACCACGAUGACGACUGGAGUACCUCGGAGGGCCUUAAUCGGACCUUGACGCAAGCCUUAUUCGAUGCCAUUGAGAAUGCGUAUUUUUUUAAUUCGUAUUAUAAUGUAUUAAUUUUUAAUGAAAUGAAGGUUUUUUUUCUAAUUUUUGUAGUUAUUUAAAUAUUCAAAUUAAAAAAAUGCUUAGGGCAGCCUUUAGGGCGCCCCAUUGCUAAUGCUCUAAGGUUGCUCGUUGUUGAGAACAAAUGCUACUUUCGGAGCGGUUGGUCGUCGUUCGCGGAUGCUAACAACAUUGACAAUAUGGAUACUCUAAUCUUCACUUACGUCGGACGAGGUGUAUUCCAAAUUAUCCGAACUAGUUCAAUGACCGGCUGCCCCCCUUUGUAUGAUUAUGAUGGGGCAUUGUGGCCCAUACCAGAGACUGACGUAGUACCGGACGUAGACACAACAAGUGACGACUAUGAAACAUCGGAUGGAGAAUCUGAUGCUGAGGACGACGGAACCAAGGGAAUAUGGAGAGAACAAAGAGACCUAAAUGAUCACCCGUCAUUCACAAUUGCUUUCAAUGAAACCUCUAUUAAACGAACAUUGGAGAUACCUGUAGGAUUUUGGAAACAAUUCGUUCGUGAAUCUGCUUUGGACAAUGAGGCAUAUUUCACCAUUGGCGGAAGAACAUGGGAGAUAUGGCUGUCUAAACGAAAUGGUAAAAUCCGCGUGAAACGCGGCUAGGUUCACUUCAAGCAAAUGAACAAUCUCUGAGAAGGGAUGACAUGCCGUUUCUAUCUAAUCAACACAGAGGAGGUUCACUUCUAUGUAACAAUCCACCCCUGAUCAGUACCGGCAUUAGGUAACGUGUUGAAAUCACGUUCCCCCGCGUCACCUGCGUCGCCGGUACUCCCGCCGGCGUCCCCUGCAUCGCAGGUACUCCCGCCGGCGUCCCCUGCAUCGCAGGUACUCCCCCCGGCGUCCCCUGCGUCGCCGAUCCACCCCCGGGCAUCAUCUGCAUAUUGGGUGCCCACCCCGGCAUCAUCUGCAUAUUGUGUCCCCAACCCGGCAUCGCCGGGAACCCCCCCGGCGGACUCCCUCCGGUCGGCAUCCCGGAUAGCAUCUGCUGCCACGGGUACAUGUUGUAGUACCCGGGCAUCUGAUUCCAUCUGCCUCGUUAAUACAAGUGGUGCGAAUGAAAA